ACACGAUUGUAACCCUUGCCAUAGACUUACCGUCCUUGAUUAAAUCCUGAAUACUAGACCCUCUACUGGUAUCACUAGCCUUGGCACCAAGUCCAACCGAAAUACCGGUGAUAAUUGCACUCUUUCCUGAUCCGUUCCUUCCAAUUAUAAAAUUCAAACGAGGACCUAACUCCAAUUCAAAGAAAUCAUGACACAUAAAGUUUUUUAAACUGAUUUUUUCAAUGACUCCUGCGUGGAACUUUUCCAUAAUACCAUUUGUUUCGGUCCCUUCGGUAUUGCUGGUUUCAGAAUCGCUCAAUCCAGAGUUUUCACCUUCAUCUUCAGAAUCACUACCAGAGAAAGAACUUGACUCUGAAGCACUCAAAUCCUCAUCCUCGGUAUUUCCAUCCACAUUCCCGACACCGUUGAUACUCUGACUCAUCUUCGUACGCUUCAUAAUGCUGUCCAAUAGGUCGGGUGACCCACGGUUUUCUACUUCCUUAGUUCAAUCUCAUGGCAUCCUGCCGAAAGUAUUCAUCAUUACAAUGUUUAUACCAGAACAAGAAGCUUGGAACAGCAAAAUAGACUUCCCCCAUCAUAUAACAGUUCCAGGAUUGUCCCUCCUCUUCCCACAAGUUCAUUGUGUUCAAGACUACAGUAUUUGCCAUAUGACCACGGGAGAAGGCGAAAUUAAUGCCUCCAACUCAAUGAUGGCACUUCUCCUUAAUCCUCAGUUCGACUUAUCAAGGACAUACUUCCUUCUCAAUGGUAUCGGUGGCGGGGAACCACUGAGAGUAACCACUGGUUCGGUAACAUUUGCCAAAUAUGCUAUUCAAGUGGGACUUAUGUACCAAAUAGAUUCCAGAGAAUUACCGGUUGCGUACAAAGAUUGGCCAUCUGGCUAUUUUAGUUAUGGUGCCAAGGACCCUUUCACCUACCCAGAUGCCGUUUAUGGUACGGAAAUUUAUGAACUCAAUGAACACUUGAGAGAUAGGGCAAUUAGAGCAGCAAAGAAGAAUGAGGCUUCGUUACAAUCAGGAACUCCUCAGAACAUCUUGUUAAGAAACAUGUAUGAUGGUCCUGGGGGAGAACCCCCAACUGUGAUGGCUUGUGAUGUUACCACUCUGGACAACUAUUUUUUCGGACAUAGAAUGAGCGACUUCUUCAUGGACUAUACUCUGAUGGUCACCAACAACACAGCAUACUACUGUUCUUCUGCUCAGGAAGAGAAUGGGACUUUGGAGUCGUUGUUGCGUAUGGCAAAGCUGCACAGAGUGUCCUUUGAUCGGAUAAUUGUAAUGAGAAGCAUUUCCAAUUUUGUGAAACCUCCACCAUCGGUUGACGAUUCUGUGGAUUUUUUCAAUAAUUUCAACAAGGGAGGAUUCCAGUUGGCAUUAGAUAACUUAUUCUUGGGAGGAUACCCUGUUGUUGAAGAUAUAGUGGAGAAUUGGGAUGAGGUUUACGCUGAAGGAGUUAAAUGUCUGAAUUAUGUGGGAGACAUCUUCGGCAGCCUUGGAGGAACCCCCAAUUUUGGCAAACACAACUACACUAUCCAUUAGAGUCUGCAAAACACUUAAUUUUUGAUAUUUAUUAGAUAACCUACCUAAACCUAGAAGUAAUAAAGUACUCUUUUAAUUAACUAAUACCCAUUGAUUGGACUUAUCCAAAACUAACCUGCCAUUGACAUAAACUUUCAAACAGUUUCUAUCAUCUCCAGAAAAUACCCACUUGUUCAACAAGUUGAGGAUCUUUGACUGCAACUCGUCUUGAUCGUCACUUUUAUUAGGAAGUUGCCAAUCAAACAAAUCAAUGCUGCUGCUCAUUCCUCCCAAAUCAAUCAAUUGAGAGUCAAACUUCUUCCCAAUAUCAAAUGUCCCAAUCUCAGACUCCAUACCAACAGCAAUGGCACCUGCUUGAGUACUCAUGUAAAGAGCAUCGUUCAAGCUUAACUUGUCGGAGUUGUUAUUGGUUUUCAUCGACAAGUGGUGACUUACCAAGAUACUUUGUCUCACAAUUCCCAAAAUCAGCGGGUCAAAACCACCACUGAUAUCCGUUCCUAAACUAACAUUGAUCUUGUGCUUAUACAAGUACUGCUUUACAGGAGCUUCUCCACUGGCAAUAAAAGUAUUGGAAGUAGGACAGUGACUGAUGGAGCAGCUUUUCUUCUUAAUCAACUUACAUUCCAGGUCCGAUAAAUGGAUUGCGUGAGCCAAGAUCGUGGAACUGGAAAGUAAGUUAUGGUCAUCAUAAACAGAAGCAUAGUUCUGGCAUUCUGGAAACAACUUUUUCACCAACUGGAUUUCUCCCUUGUUCUCACUAAUAUGAGUUUGAAUUGGUAAGUUGUUUUCAGUUGAAACCUGGCCCAACUUCUUCAAUAACGACCUGGUGCAAACGGGAGCAAACCGUGGAGUGAUUAUUGGCUUUACCAAUGUUUCUGGUUCGGGGUUUUUGCCAUCAAAGUACUCUAUCAAGUGUUUGAUGGAAUUUAAACUUUCUGCUUCGGUUUCUUGGUACUCAGGAUAAUCAGUAUUGUGGUUCAUACAAACCUUACCCACAAAUCCUCUUUGGCCAAACUCCAACAAUAAGUCUCCAAACAACUUACUGGUGUCGGUAUCAAUGGUGGUGAAGUACGAAGCACAAGUUGUUCCGUUGGUUAAAGUCUUCUUGAUCACUUUGGUGUAAAUAUCCUUAGCAACCUUAAAGUUUUCCUUGUUGAAGGAGUUCUCCAAAGAAAAGGUAUAGAUUUUCAACCAGUCCAAAAGGGGAAUGUUCAAACCUAUACCGACAUUGGGGUACUGUGAAGCGUGAAUGUGUGUGUCAAUGAAACCGGGGAAGAAAAAUUGACUGGGGCUCUUAGACACAUCCACAUACUUAAAGUACGAUUGAACACUAUCAAAGUGGACGUAGUUGUGUUUGAACACUUCAAGCACUGACGGCUGUUCCACAUCAGGGUGAAUAAAAUCAAUGACUCCUUGUUGGUUGACUCCUAUUAAACACUUGGUCCUGAUUCUGAUCUCUCCAAGCUCUGGGGUGUCGACAAAAGUUCCAUAGUAAAGGCUGUAUGGAAUGGAUUCCAUGGCCCUCGGGCUGUCCUUUUCGUGAUCAUAAGACCAUUUAUCUUUUCUUAAUUGCAUAUCUAUUCAAGGGUAGAUGUUCUUGUCAGAUCAAAGGGGAGUUACAAUACCUUAUAUU